AUGCGUACAGAUUUGGAGGUGUCCCACAGAGAACUGGAUAAGCUCUGUGAGGGACUCGUGGGGUUUCUGUUGUACACUGAGCUGCAGUCUCAGAACCUUUACAUCGGACCGCAGCUGGAUCUGGAUCUGUCUUCCGCCUCAGCUAUCGGCUCUCUGUUUCCUGGAAUGAAGGCCGAACCCGAUCCCAUCAAAGGAGGCCUCUGUUUGUGCAGCUACUUUACCUACAACUGUCUGUGUGACUCUAAGGACCUGUGCAGUGAAUGUUUACUCACUUUUUGGAGCUGCCCUCACUGUGACCUUUACAUGCCCCUGACGCCCUUGGCGCGCAUGCAACACGAGGCCACCUGCAGGCCGCCUGAGGAGCAGCAGCCUGAGGAGCAGCAGCCUAAGGAGCAGCAGCCUGAGGAACAGCCGCCUGAGGAACAGCCGCCUGAGGAACAGCCGCCUGAGGAACAGCAGCCUGAGGAACAGCAGCCUGAGGAACAGCAGCCUGAGGAACAGCAGCCUGAGGAACAGCCGCCUGAGGAACAGCAGCCUGAGGAACAGCAGCCUGAGGAACAGCAGCUUGAGGAACAGCAGCCUGAGGAACAGCAGCCUGAGGAGCAGCAGCCUGAGGAACAGCCACCUGAAGAACAGCAGCCUGAGGAACAGCAGCCUGAGGAACAGCAGCCUGAGGAGCAGCAGCCUGAGGAACAGCCACCUGAAGAACAGCAGCCUGAGGAACAGCAGCCUGAGGAACAGCAGCUUGAGGAACAGCAGCGUGAGGAGCAGCAGCCUGAGGAACAGCCGCCUGAGGAACAGCAGCCUGAGGAACAGCAGCUUGAGGAACAGCAGCGUGAGGAACAGCUGCCUGAGGAACAGCCGCCUGAGGAACAGCCGCCUGAGGAACAGCAGCUUGAGGAACAGCAGCCUGAGGAACAGCAGCCUGAGGAACAGCAGCCUGAGGAACAGCAGCCUGAGGAACAGCAGCCAGAGGAACAGCAGCCUGAGGAACAGCAGCCUGAGGAAGAGUCUGACGGUGAAAAAAGGUCCUCAUGA